GAGGAAGCGCUGAUAAACUCACUGCCGGAUCUGUGUCGUCUCCAACUUUCUCCGUUUUUACGCAUUUUUCCUCAACUAUAAACCAUAUUACGUCUGUUUUACUUCUCUGAGGAAGAUGCUCACUCACAGAUUCACAAAGACGUGUUUAUCAGGACUCAGGAAUGUUUCAGUCCAAAGCAGGUUAUUACCAGCUCUCUCUGUGAGGUCCCAGCACACUCGGGCUGAAGACUCAUCCCCUCCUUCUACCUUCCGUUUAGAGAAUGCCUCGGCUAAGACCCUCCUAGACAUUGGGACGCGCCGCAUCUUUAAUGAAGACCAUGACCUGUUCAGACAAACUGCGAGACGCUUUUUCGCUGAGGAGGUGGUCCCACAUCACAGCAAGUGGGAGAAGGACGGGCAGGUGAGCAAAGAGGUGUGGGAGAAAGCAGGAGAGCAAGGCCUGCUGGGAUUGCUGAUACCUGAGGAACAUGGCGGCAUUGGUGGAGACAUUUACUAUGCUGAUGUCAUGUGGGAAGAACAGAUGUACUCAAACUGCUCGGGCCCAGGCUUCAGUUUACACUCUGACAUCAUAAUGCCGUACAUCUCCAAAUACGGAUCUAAGGAGCAGAUCCAGCGCUAUAUCCCAGAGAUGACGGCCGGGAGGUGCAUCGCCGCCAUCGCUAUGACAGAGCCGGGCGCAGGCAGUGAUUUACAAGGAAUCCGGACCAAUGCCAAGAAAGAUGGGAGUGACUGGAUCUUAAAUGGAAACAAGGUGUUCAUCUCAAACGGUUGGAUGGCAGGCUUGGUGGUGGUAGUGGCAGUGACCAACUUUGAGGCCAAGUCCCCCGCCCACGGCAUCAGUCUGUUCCUGGUGGAGGACGGCACCAAGGGUUUCCACAAGGGACGCAAGCUGGAGAAGAUCGGUCUGAAGGCCCAGGACACGGCGGAGUUGUUCUUCGAGGAUGUGCGUCUGCCCGCUGACGCUCUCCUCGGACAAGUCAACAAGGGCUUCUUCUACCUGAUGAAUGAGCUGCCACAGGAGCGCCUGGUGAUCGCGGGCAUGGCUUUAGCCAGUGCAGAGUUCAUGUUUGAGGAGACCAGGAGCUACGUGAUGCAGAGGAAAGCUUUUGGCAAAACCAUCUCCCAUCUACAGACAGUGCAGCACAAACUGGCUGAGCUGAAGACAGACAUCUGUGUGGGCAGAGCCUUCAUCGACAGCUGUCUGCAGCUACACGAGCAGGGACGCCUGGACGCUCCUAUGGCCUCUAUGGCCAAGUACUGGGCAUCUGAGCUUCAGAACAAAGUGGCUACCCAGUGCUUACAACUCCAUGGAGGCUGGGGAUACAUGUGGGAGUACCCUAUCGCCAAGGCUUUCGUAGACUCGCGAAUACAGCCCAUCUACGGAGGAACCAACGAGAUCAUGAAAGAACUCAUUGCUCGCAGUAUUGUCCAUCCAAAAUGAUGGGACUACUGUACUACUCACUACUACAAAAAAUACUGUGCUUUUAUUUUUACAUUUUAUACCUUUUUAAAAACUUUGCCAUAAAUAAUCCACUCAGUGUGAAUUUUAAUAAAUAAUCCACUCAGUGUGAAUUUUAAUAAAUAAUCCACUCAGUGUGAAUUUUAAUAAAUAAGUGGUUUUGGUGCUAUAACAAUAUAUUUAACAGUCUAACCAGUCUAUUUGUGAACACCAGAAAUUCAAAAUAAUACUCAAUGUUUACAGUAUGUGUAGAGUAUAUUUUUGUAUUUACAUGAAGUUAAAUUGAAAAAAAACUGAUGAGAACUUUUGUGUACCCCUCUGCUCCCCCCCACCCCUUUGAUCUCUUGCCUCCCUCACUCUUUCGCUCUUCCUCUCUGCCCCCUUUCUCACCUCCCUCUCCUCUCUCACCAAAAAUUCAUAAAAGUUACAACAUACUGC